UGUGCGUCAGUCCGCGGAGGAGACUGGUGGUCGCCAUCUUUACUCCAUCAGCUCAGCGCUGCUGCCGGUGGGGCGGAACACACCAACCAUCGACCCGCCGACAGACCCGACACUCACCGCCGAGCUUAUCCCGAGGAACUGUCACCUUCUGUAGCUAGACAAUUCAACCUGCAUCUCGUUUCACCAUGGUCGAGCGAGAGGACCUAGUUUAUCAGGCCAAACUGGCCGAGCAGGCAGAGCGAUAUGACGAGAUGGUGGUGUCGAUGAAGAGCGUGGCCGGCAUGGACGUGGAGCUCACAGUGGAGGAGAGAAACCUACUAUCAGUGGCCUACAAGAACGUGAUCGGCGCUCGGAGAGCCUCCUGGAGGAUAAUCAGCAGCAUCGAACAGAGGGAAGAGAACAAGGGCGGAGAGGAGAAGCUGAAGAUGAUCCGGGAAUACAGGCAAACGGUUGAAAACGAGCUGAAGACGAUCUGCGGUGAUAUCCUGGAAGCACUUGAAAGGCACCUACUUCCUUCUGCUGUAAUGGGAGAGUCGAAGGUCUUCUACAACAAAAUGAAGGGCGACUACCACAGGUACCUGGCAGAGUUCGCUACGGGCAACAACAGAAAGGAGGCGGCGGAGAACAGCCUGGUGGCCUACAAAACCGCUACGGAUCUCGCCCUGUCUGAGCUGCCACCCACGCACCCCAUCCGCCUCGGCCUCGCCCUCAACUUCUCCGUCUUCUACUACGAGAUCCUCAACUCGCCUGACCGCGCCUGCAGGUUGGCAAAGUGUGCUUUCGAUGACGCCAUCACAGAACUGGACACACUGAGUGAAGACAGCUACAAGGACUCCACACUUAUCAUGCAGUUGUUACGUGACAACCUGACACUAUGGACUUCAGAUAUGCAGGGAGAAGAGUCCUAAAGGAAACAAACCUGCCCGUUCAUUUCCUCGUGUUAACUGUUCUUUCAGAACAAGAACAGAACAAAGAGGCACUGCAAGACGUUGAGGACGAGGCCCAGUGAGACUAUGCCACCUACAGCCAACAACCUGAGACCCUCCCCCCUUCACCUCCUCACACUCCUUCAUCCUCCUCCAUCUCCCUAUCCGUCCCCUCACCUCCCUCCUCCUCCUCCUCCUCCUCUCUCCUCCUUUUCCUUUCUUCCACCUCUGCAGCUCCUCGACCCAGCAGGGCCGCGGAGUUAACAACUUUAUUUUUCUCUUCUUUUUUAUUUUUAUAUUAGUCCUUACAGCAUCGAAGUAAAACCACUUAAUUGAGACAGGAAAUACGACGUUAGAGAGCCGGAGAGAAAGAAGGAGUCCCUGGAUUGUUUUUGUUUUUGUGUCCUGGUACAAGCGGUUCUGACAUGUUAUCUUUGUUCUCAUUAUUGUAUUUUUGUUUUUGCUUUUUCUUCAAUAUUUUUAUCAGUUGCUGGAUGUAAUGAGAAUUUUUUUUCUUAAUGUAAUUACAGAAAUUAACUUUUAUUACUGAUAAUGUCGACGAUUAGUUAUGGGAGCUGUUUUAUCUGUUUUUAGAGAAAUGUCAUGCAAAUCAUUUUACCGUUUGACGGGCACUUUGGGAAACUCGAAGUGCCCUUUUUGUGAACUUAGGUUUUCAGAGGAAGUUGGCAAAAUUUGGCGAUAUCCACGUGGAGCAGAAAAAGUGCUUAACUUUUACACCAUAGUGAUUCUGUUGUCAUGUUUUUGUAGUUGUCUUUGGACUGUACUUUGUGCUGAAAUACUGUAACUGUGCACACAUGCUGAGUCUCUGCAGGUCAACCUAUCGUAGCUGGUGGUUUUAAUACGUGCAAAAAAAUUGGGAGAUUUCUCACUUGUGUCAAAGUCUCGAUUCGGCCCCGUUUCUCCACAGAGAGCCCAAAAUCAGUCGUGCUUGCAUGAGUUAACACAUGUUCUUCUUCUGCUGUUUCUCCCCUAAUUGUUACUAAAAGCUCCUCUAGGUCCAGAGGUUUUCUUUCUUUGCUGAUUUUUCUUUGUUUCUCUUCUUGUUUCGCUUCAUUAUGUGUAACCUGGAGCUGAUUUGUACUACUGGAUAUCCAACUGAAGCCACAGACAGGGAAUCUGUAUCGUUUUGACGGAAACACAGCAUGGAAUUAACAUUAAACAAUCUAAAUUAAACAUUA